UAUAACCGUUUUGAGAGAAUUCGUGGAUGCAACAUAAACAUGUAUUUGUAAUCGAAUAUUUCAGAUAUUUUGAAUUGAUCAACACGAGUAUUAAGAUGGAAUAUUAUUCACUGAAUUUUAUUUAAGAAAAACUCUCAUCAAAGCUGAAAUGGGUCUUUUUGGUAAAAGUAACGAGAAGUCUCCUAAAGAUCAGGUUCGUGAAUGGACAUCUGCCUUAAGAAAAGAAGGUUAUCAAUUAGAUCGACAGAUAAGAGGAAUACAACGUGAAGAAGAGAAAGUGAAACGGUCCUUAAAGGAAGCUGCUAAAAGGGGUGAUACUGAAGUAUGCAAAGUUCUGGCAAAAGAAAUAGUACGAGCUAGAAAGGCCAUUAAUCGAAUUUAUACAUCUAAAGCACAAAUAAAUUCUGUGCAGAUGAGUAUGAAUCACCAACUAGCAACACUACGUGUUGCGGGGUCAUUGGAAAAGAGCACUGAUGUCAUGAAGAGCAUGCAGAAUCUCCUAAAAGUUCCUGAAAUAUCUAAAACUAUGCAAGAAUUGUCCAAAGAAAUGAUGAAAGCUGGUAUUAUUGAAGAAAUGAUGGAAGAUACAUUUGAAAGUUUAGAUGACCAAGAAGAACUUGAAGAAGAAGCCCAGGAAGAAGUUGAUAAAGUUCUUUGGGAAUUAACAGCUGGUCAACUGGGUACUGCCCCAGCUGCAGUUUCUGAAUCAUUGCCUGAAACAGAACUUGAAGGAGCAGCAGCAGCAGCUGCAUCUUCUAGUCAUGAUGCAGACCUUUCUGAUAUGCAGGAGAGACUUGAAUUACUGAGAAGUUAACCAUUGUAUGCUUGACUUUCAUGAAAAUUUGCUUCACGAAAGUCUGUUGCAUUUUUGCUGUGUGAACUAUGCAAUUCUACAAAUAAUGCAUCUGGGAGGGGGACUUUUUUUACAUUGCUGAACUUUAGUUGUUACCAGCAUCAUCUGUUUUGGUUUAUAUGAUAUUCAUUAAAAUAUGUAAAUCUUAAAUUAGUGUAUGUAUAUUAGAAUAUGAAAUUCAGUUAGAGUAUUUUUUAAUAAAAUUAAAUAAUGUUAAUAAAAUUGUGAUGCUGGAAGUGCUAAUUUAAUUGCUAAUUGUGGAUUUUUAAUUUAUCAGUGCAAGUUAUAAUGACUUUCAUGCAAAUCUUAUGCUUAGGAGUAUUUGCCUUUCUUAUGAAUUGAUGUAUCAUUGAAAGAUAUCAACAUUUAAUACUCUAAACUUGUAGUAUUCUUUUUUAAAAGGCUUAGAGUAUUUUCUAAAAUUCUAAUAUUACAGAUCUUCCUGCAGUUUUAUGUAAAAGCAGAUAAAAUUAUCUCUAAGAUUUUCUUUCUGCAACCUGAAAUUAAAAUCUAAAUAUGGCAUAGCAAUCUUGUGAAAAGUAUGCAUGCAUACAAAGCUUAAAUAUAAGUACUGUAUUUUAAAAAUGUAAAAAACAAGAAUAGCUAUGUGUGUACAUAUUAAAACAUGAUUUCAGAAUGAAUAAAACAUUUUAUAUUUCUUUACUUUUGAUUUUAAAUUAAAAUAGAAUUGUAAAAUUAUAUAUGACUUUUAUUUACUUACUUAAAUUGAUCAUGCUACUUAUAUAAUAAAAUAGCAUGAGCAGUGAGAAUGUUUAACUCAAAUUACGUUUUGACACAGUAAAUUAUGACUGUAUUUUAUAAUAAGUGAAGAAAGAGUAAGGAAAAAAGGGUAUAUGGUGGUUAAAAUCAUUUUACAAUUUGCUUUUGUAAAUCUUGCCAAAAAGUAGUUGGGAUGAAUACUAGUCAUAGACGUAUAUUGAUUUUGCAAAUUCAUAUCUAUAUCUGGAUAGGGAGGUUUGUUCUUGACUGCAAUACAAGAUUCCCUCUCCUGCCCUGAUUUAUUUCUAAAAUUCUUAUUUUGCUAGCAAAAUAAUAGUUUAAGCCAACUGCUAUAAAGGUUGAAAACUUAUAUAGAAGCCUUUCAGAUUUAAUAUGACUGUGCAUCAAACUAUCUUUUGUUACUGUCUCAGCAAAGAAAUUCUCUUUCAAAUAAUAAUGAUCUUCACAUACUUAUUUUUAGUAGAUUAGCAGCUAUGUAUGACAUCUGUUGGGUAAUACUAGUUUAGAAAGCAUUUCUUGUGAUUGAGUUAACUCAAUGAAAGUACAACAGAGAUUUGUAUUUGUUCUUAUAAAGUGGCAAAAUGUAUAUUUGGCAGAUUUGGUUGUGACAUAAAUAAUAUACUAUUUACUGUACUUAAAAUUAUAUAGUCAUAAUGAAUUAAGCCAAUCUGUAGAAACUCGAACAAAAGGAAGAAACCUAAACCAAACCGAGUGCUGAACAGGCUAUUUUUUCAAUCAUCAUGCAUUGAUACAAAUUUCAUAAAAGUGUGUGAGAUAUUAAUAUUUGUUGGAAAUCAGUUUCUGCGGUAUUUAAAAAUAUAUGUAGGUAGUGUUUCAUCAAGUAAGAACACAUGGCAUUGAUUUUUUUGGUUAUUAAAAUAGUAUAUAUUUUCCGUGAAAACUAAAUUUUAGUAAUAUUAAAUAUUCAUCUUCGCACAUUAUUUCUUGAAAUGUUAAAACAUUUUUUGUGAAGAAUAUAUUUCUGCAAAUAAAAAAUAAUUUUCUCAAAGGUAUUUUGCAGAUUUUCAUAAGAAAGUCUCUUUUGAAAGUAUAAAGGGACUUUAAAAUUCAUACUUUUUGUUUCCAGGAAAUAUGGUUACUGGAACUAGUCAAAUAGCUUUUCAGUGUUUUAACAUCAUAAUUUAGAAAUUUAUAAGGUUUGUACCCAGCAGUGCUGAGGCAAAUAUUUUGCAUUUUGGGAAGUUUUUCUAAGCAUUUGUUUGGGAAACUGAAAAGUAUGACAAUUUAUAGUGUUCAUAUACAUAUUCAGUCAGUUUCUUAUGGCAAACUAAAGUCAUAAUUUGCUGUUUAAAAAAAUUAUAUAUUCAAAUAAUCUCUAAAUUAAUUAAGAUUAAACAGAAGUAUCUAGCUAAUACUGAGCCUUUUUUUUAUAGUUUAUAUAAAAAAUAUUAGAAAGUAUAGUGUUAUGUGCAUCUUUAUUUGAAUAACUGCAAUAAAUUUUUCUUUGAAUAAUACCCAAGUGUUAUCCUUAGUUUUUAUACAUUAAAUUCUUAAUUUUAAUAACUAUGUUUGCAAUUUUUUAUGUAUUUAUCUGUACAAUCUGUUGAUGUGAACAAAGGUAAUUAAAAUAGAAGCAGAUUAAAUAUAUUUAGAUCUAAUAUUCUGAGUCAGAAACUAGAUGAAACCUGACUUCUAACCAAUAGAAAUAUCCAGAAAAGAAUAUGUUUUUCCCUGUUCUAUACUGAAGAUUGAUAAAGCAUAGAUAUAUUUUAAUGUAAUUGCUGUAGUGAUAAUAAAUAUUUUGAAAUUACUGA